AACCCACACGAGAGACAAAGCUUCGCGGCUUCUCUUUAAGAAAUGGGAAUCGUUUAAAUGCGCGCGAAUUCACUGAUUCAGCAUCUAGGUUGGAAAAAUAUAGAGGUCCGUGGCGCACUCGUGCCCUCCUUCAUCGUCGUUUUCCUCCGAGGGUUACUCAAGGUCGGGCUAUAGCAGCAUAUCUUGAUACAUUAGUUGGCGGUUUAUCUUUCUGCAAAUCUCUGUUUGGUGGGUGCAUUCCGUUUAUAGUCUAAUACUAACGAACACUGCAAGGGCUUCAAGAUGGGAGUCCCGGCUUUUUAUCGUUGGUUGGCGGAGAAGUAUCCGUUAGUGGUGGUGGACGUGAUCGAGGAGGAACCUGUUGUAAUCGACGGCGUCGAAAUUCCAGUGGAUACAAGUAAGAAGAACCCUAAUGACAUCGAAUAUGAUAACCUCUACCUCGACAUGAACGGCAUCAUUCACCCCUGCUUCCACCCCGAGGAUCGGCCAUCCCCAACUACGUUUGACGAGGUGUUCGAGUGCAUGUUUGACUAUAUUGACAGGUUAUUUGUCAUGGUGCGGCCUCGGAAGUUGCUAUUUAUGGCUAUUGAUGGCGUGGCCCCGAGGGCUAAAAUGAACCAACAGCGAUCUAGACGGUUCAGAGCAGCAAAAGAUGCGGCAGAAGCAGCUGCUGAAGAAGCAAGGUUGAGAGAGGAAUUUGAGAGGGAGGGUAGAAAGCUUCCUCCCAAAGAGGAUGGACAAGUUUUUGAUUCUAAUGUUAUUACCCCAGGAACUGAAUUUAUGGCUGUUUUAUCAAUUGCACUUCAGUACUACAUUCAUCUUAGGCUGAACAGUGACCCUGGUUGGCAAAAUAUUAAGGUUAUUCUUUCUGAUGCAAAUGUUCCUGGUGAAGGGGAGCACAAGAUUAUGUCAUAUAUCAGGCUUCAGAGAAACCUGAGAGGUUAUGAUCCAAAUACACGGCAUUGCCUGUAUGGUUUGGAUGCAGAUUUGAUUAUGUUGGCUUUAGCUACCCAUGAAAUUCAUUUCUCAGUCCUAAGAGAGAUCGUAUUUACUCCUGGACAAGCCAAAUGCUUCUUAUGUGGUCAGGUGGGUCAUAUGGCUGCAGAUUGUGAAGGUAAGGGUAAAAGAAAGUCGGGAGAGUUUGAUGAAAAAGGCAGUCCUGUUGUGGCUAAGAAGCCCUUCCAGUUUCUAAACAUCUGGACUCUGAGGGAAUAUCUGGAAUAUGAGAUGAGAAUACCAAAUCUUCCAUUUGAGAUUGAUUUUGAACGCAUUGUGGAUGAUUUUAUCUUCAUGUGUUUCUUUGUUGGAAAUGAUUUUCUACCGCAUAUGCCUACCCUAGAGAUUCGUGAGGGUGCAAUAAACUUGUUGAUGGCAGUAUACAAGAAGGAGUUGAGGGCCUUGGGGGGUUAUUUAACUGAUGGAAGCAAGCCCUGCUUAAGCAGGGUGGAACGUUUUAUUCAGGCUGUUGGAUCUUAUGAAGAUAAAAUAUUCCAGAAAAGAGCUCGGUUGCAUCAGCGGCAAGCGGAAAGAAUUAAACGUGACAAGGCCCAUGCGAGAAGGGGUGAUGAUAUUGAGCCUCAAGUUCUGCCAGAGUCUCUGGUUCCAGUUUCACGGUUUCACGGUUCUCGUCUUGUUUCCUCCCCAGCUCCUCCAUAUCAACAAUCUGGGCAAUCAAAUGGCUUAAAAUCAGCUAGAAACCAUGUUGGGCAAGCCACAAAGGAAUUUUCAAAUCUUGAAAUACACAAAACUUAUCACAGCAAUAUUGAGGCUUCUGAGCGGCCUCCCAAAGUUGCUAGGUUAUCUUCAGGAGCAACUAUUGGUGCUGCUAUUGUUGAAGCUGAGAGUAGUCUUGAAAUAGAUGUUGAAGAUAACAAAGAUGAAUUGAAAUCUAAACUUAAGGAGAGGUUGCGUGAGAAAUCUGAUGUAUUCAACUCAGCUGAUCCGGAGGAGGACAAGAUUAAGUUGGGAGAACCAGGCUGGAAAGAGAGGUAUUAUGAGGAAAAAUUUUCUGCUAAAACUCCUGAGGAAGUUGAGUUGAUACGGAAAGAUGUUGUCUUGAAGUACACAGAAGGCCUAUGUUGGGUUAUGCACUAUUAUUAUGAAGGGGUUUGUUCUUGGCAGUGGUUUUAUCCUUAUCACUAUGCCCCCUUCGCAUCUGACCUGAAAGGCCUUAGUGAACUUAAUAUAAACUUUGACCUGGGGACCCCGUUCAAACCAUUUGACCAGCUUCUAGGGGUUUUUCCUGCUGCAAGUGCUCACGCUCUUCCUCAGCCAUAUAGAAAAUUGAUGACUGAUCCAAACUCACCAAUUAUUGAUUUUUAUCCGAGUGACUUCGAAGUGGACAUGAAUGGCAAGCGCUAUGCUUGGCAGGGUAUUGCAAAAUUGCCUUUUAUUGAUGAAGCACGUCUUCUUGCGGAAGUUGGGAAGAUUGAACACUUGUUAUCAGCAGAGGAAACCCGACGGAACAGUGUCAUGUUUGAAUUGCUUUUUGUCAAUUCUUGUCAUCCUCUCUCGGCAUGCAUAAACACACUUGACAACAAAUGUAGAAAUAUGUCAGACAAAGAGCGCAUUGAGGUUAAGGAACCAAUCAAUCCAAAAGAGAGGGCUGCUACAUGCAGUGGUGGAAUGAACGGUUACAUAUCACUAUGUGUUGGAGAACCUUGCCCACCAAUUUUCAGGUCGCCUGUUGCAGGCAUGGAAGAUAUUUUGGACAACCAAGUCAUAUGUGCUAUAUACAGACUACCAGAUAAGCAUAAGCACAUUACUCGGCCACCUAAAGGAGUUAAAUGUCCCAAGAAGAUCGUGACAGUUGGUGAUCUGAAACCUGAACCUGUUCUAUGGCAUGAAGAUUUUGGUCGCAGAAACCUGGGUACCGUGAGGCAUAACCCACCAGGAGCCAUUUCUGGCAAGCAGCUUGGAGAGGCUGCACAUCGACUUCUGGUUAACUCUUUACAAUUGAAGGUUGAAUCUAAUGGACAUGGACAUAUAAUUAAUGGAGAAGCUCAUCCUUAUGCUGCACCAAUGGGUCCUCCGCAAUCACUUCCCUAUCCAAUGUAUGAUUCCUACUCAGGAUAUCAUGGCGCAUCUGGAUAUAUGUCAGCUCCUCUGCCUCAAGGCCCUCUACAUCCGUCACCUUACACUCCGCCUACUCAGCAGUAUGGCUAUACUCAACCUUAUGCAGGACCAUCGAUGUACAACUCUCAUCAUCAAUCAAAUUCUUAUGGAAGAAAUAACCAUGAACGCUCUAGAUCUCAUCAUUAUGGAAGAAAUGAUCCCUCAAUGGCUCAUGGUACUGGGCAUGGCUAUCAACCAUUAGAUGCUAAUUAUAAUGCCAGGUUUGUGAAUGUACAUGGAAAUGCUCCUGCAUAUAAUGGUGCGUAUGACAAUUACCAUCAAGGUCAGCAUAGCUCAAAUUUCCACUCAAGUAGAGCACCAAGUCAACAACCAGUUCGGCAAAACUGGGUCACCCGACGUAACCCCAGGGGUCCUAGAGAAGAUGGUCACCCUCAACAGCCAGCCAAUCGAUAUUCUCAAUUAGAUAGAGGAGCGAACAGGAACCAGCAACCCCCACCUUAUUAUGGCCGCUAAUUGAUUCUUUUCUGAGGGAUAUCUACCCCCGAGAAAAGGAGUAUGUUGUAGAAUAUGUUUCCCCCCUCAUUUAGUUUUGCUCGAAUGUUGUAAUAUUAGCUUCUAUUCGUCAUUCAAAUGCUUUAGGUUAUUUCCUGGCAAUUUUUUAUUAAUAAUUUAGCAUAAGUAAAAGAAAAUUCUUUUUUUUUUUUUUAGCAUUUUUGUCAUGGCCUUUAGUUUCCUGUUAAAUAGUCCGGUCCAGGUGUUGAGCCAUGGAUUGUCAGGAUUCUCAUUUGGGGACGAAAGCAGGAAGCAUGGUUUUGAUGAGACAUGUAUAACGGGUGAUGGAUGUUUAUUUCUAAUACUUGGUGAUGGCUUUUUGCCCCUUA